AUGAAGCAGCAGGAACUUGCGCCUACAACCCUGCAGCAGAAGCCGGUCGAGUCACUGGCCAGCCACGUGCCAGAGGAAAAGGCUGCGCACGCAUGGCAGGGGCCGUUGAAGCAGGACCAGGUCCCGGAGCAGAAGUGGGUCCACGAGGGCCAGGCGCACCACUGUGAACAGUGGGCGCAGGACGACGAGGCGCAGGACUUGAAGUGGGACGAGCGGUGGGGCGAGGCGCAGGACGAGCGGGGCGAGCAGUGGGGCGAGGCGCAGGACGAGAAGUGCGACGAGCAGCGGGGCAAGGCGCAGGACGAGAAGUGGGGCGAGGCGCAGGACCAGAAGUGGGACGAGGCGGUGGGCCAGCGCCAGCAGGUUGAGAAGCAGAAGUGGCUCGCGGACGAGAAGAAGCAGUGGCUCAGCUCGAAGUGGGGCGAGGCGCAGCAGGCGCAGAAGCAGAAGUGGCCCGCAGACGAGUGGAAGCACAAUCAGCAGUGGCUCAGCUCGGGGUGGGAUCAAGAGCAGCAGGCGCAGGAGGCGAAUCGGCCCGCGGACCGCGCGGAGAGCGAGUGGAAGUAG